AUGUCGGCUAAACCAGAAUAUGAUCACCGAGAGUCCAAUGAGCUUUUGCUCAAGCGGGACCAUUACAUCGACCAGAUGAAUCGAUCCCGGCGCUGGGCCUGUCUGCGACCGCUCAUCUACAUUGGGGUGGCGGUGGUUGGGUUCGUCGAGAUCAUCGUGUUUUUGGUAUACUUGGUCGAGACGAGUAGGCAGCCGCCCCUGCGCGAUCUGAACGGGUUGGUUCCGGAUUGUAAGAGCCCCCCCCCCUCGCUUCCGUUGGCGAAGAUGUUCCCGCAACAACGGCUGACAGACACGAUUCCUUGCCCGAAUCUAGUCCCCACGCAUCAAGUUCUCUUCCGACUCGACCCCAUGGCCGUCUCGGACCAUCGAACUGAGAGCUCUAAAUCCGCCACGAAGGAGAAUUGGCUUUCGUACAUGCCGCGGGGCAAUGGGUUCAUCGCGGUGAACCACACGGAACAACUGGAAUACGUCCUGUCCCCGCCGAUCGAGAAGUUCGGCAAGAACCUGUACGCGGUGGCGGUCUUCCACCAGAUGCAUUGCCUGUACGCAAUCAUGUCCGCAUACGACGACCUCGUCGCUGGCACAUCUUCUAUGCAUAAGGCCCGCGACGCGCAUGAACACGACCAUUUCCAUCACCACGGGCAUAGCGACGACCCCACCGAGGGUCCCAACGGCCAUGUGAAUCAUUGCUUUCAAUACCUGCGGGAGUCGCUGCUGUGCUGCGGUGACACCGCCCUGGAGGGCCAGGGCCAGCGGGCGCAGCCUGGCACCGACGGGACCGGGGCGGUGCAUGAGUGUAAGGACUUCGAUGCGAUCAUGGCGUGGGCGGAUGAGAGACGGAUUAUGGACGGUAAGCAUCCGUGA